AGCAAAUGUGCGAAGAUUUAACAGAAAGUGUUGACAAUCCAAAUAAACAUAUUUCCAUGGCUGUCGAGCGCUUCCACAAAAGUAUAGCGUUAGGUGGAUCCAAAGAUUUAGUACAAAGAGUUUUGGAUCGAGAGCACUUUCUUCUUAAAAAUCCAGCAAAAGUGAAAAUUUCUGAAAUGUCAAUGAGUGCUGCAUUUCACACGCCUUACAUGAAUCCAGCCAUAGAAGAGUUUCACGAUGCCCUUUGCAGCGUCAACAUUACUCCAAAUGAUGCUACAUUGUAUUCAAAUGUUACCGGGGAGAAGUAUACUAACAAAGAUAAUAUUGCGGAAUUAAUGGCACGCCAGAUUGCGGAACCUGUGCUUUGGAAUACGAUAUUGAAUAAACUGCGAGGGAAGUACAUAUCUGGUGCUGUGGAAAACAUAUUCGAAGUAGGUGCUGGUCAACAAUUGAAAAGAAUGUAUGGGAAGCUUGAUCGUGAUUUAUUUGGAAAUGUACAAACCGUUGGCAUGUAACCUUCCAUACUUUUUCACAGCUUUUAGAAAAUGCAGUGGAUCCUUCAUAAAGUCUUUUGUGGUUUUUCUGUUACUUUCAGGAAGUUACUUUUAAGCUAAAAUAACUAAGAAAUCUUUUAGGUCUAAUUUGAUCCUAACGUUUUCUUUACCUAGACUACACAUUAAGGAAGUGAAACUAAAUUAACUUGAUAUGUGAAGCAUCUUUAUAUCAAUUAAUUCACUGCAGUCGUUAAUAUACCCUUACUAAUAAUUGAAACUUUAUAUACUCAAGAUUGACCUCAAUAUAUGAAAAUUGUUUUUUGUUUGAUGAUAAAUUAUACUUUACAAGUGUUAUAUUUUAUAUAUAAUAUAAUUUUUAUUUUUACUUACGAGUUUGGUUUAUAAAAUAAAGAUUUUUUUUCUGUAAAUAGAGCAUAGUUAUUAUAUUAAAUAAUCAUUUUUAAUACCAUUCUUUUUUAUUUCAAACCAGACGAUUUUUAGGCAGCACACUACCAGGCUCCGUUGCAGUCAAGGAGACUGCAUUAUGUAACAUCCCCUUCAUGACGCAGCAGAAACCCGACAAAAGGAGAGGCAGAAGACCCACCAUUUUUCCUCCCCUUCACUUUGUGUAAAAUCUCCAAUAAAACAAAAGGAGUAAACUGGGAAAGCGAAUUUCUUGAAAAUAAAAGAUUCCUCAGGCCGAGAUAAACAAGUACCUCUUCUAUUUAAGGUUUUUUUUGGAUAUAACACAUGGACUCAACGCUAUACUAUCAUGUUACUAACUCCUGCUAAUUAUUGGUAAUUUAAAUUCGUUCUAGGUAAUUUCUUUACACAAAAACAUUCAAUAUUAUUCUUAUUAAAUUUAUUUACCCAGGAUAACCUCUUAAGUUCCUAUUGGUAAUAUCAUCAACGAGGUCCAGCAAAAAUGGAUCCUAGUGCAUAUACUAUUCUAUAGUCUCUGUCAUGACUCGGCCGGGAUUUGAACCCAAGACCACCUGUACUGGAAGCGAACGCACUAUCCCAAGGCUACCCGUCGGUGACAGACGCAUACAAAAACACCCAAAUGAAAUCAAUGAAUACAAUUAUUAAACAAAAGUCAUCUUUCCUUACAACUUAUUAAAACUACACACACAUACUUUAAAUAGGGUAGAAAUAAGGAAUGUGUUCUUCUACCUACUAACUGUAAAUAAAUUUAAAUAUUUUGAUGAAAUUAAAACAAAUUCAAUUUGUUCGUCCUCUUAAAUAGCAGGUGGUUUUUUCAUUGGUCAAGUAUUGUUUUACACCAUUUUAAUAU